GUACUUGUCACUGAAACAUCCUGUGGUCAAAAUGGCGACUUACUGCAUGUGAAGGAGACAGAGUUGGAAACCGGCUGUUUUUGACUCAAGAUCAUGUAUAAAACGCAAUGUAGUCGGCUAAGAGGUUUGUUUGGAAUAAGCAUAAAACAGAAACUGGUGGAAUAUGGUCCCCGAUGCAAACAGACAGCCCGUGGUCUCAUUCUGAUGCGCAGGAGAGCUCCGCCACACUGGAUAACUUAUCAGCAUCUCAACUUCCUCAAACGCCAGUAUGUGUCAAAGAACCUGGGUGAGCUCCACCAACGGGCCGCCCCCAAGCAGGUGGCGGUGCUUGCUGAUGUUGACGAGAGCAAUAUUGAUGAGAGGCGGGUCCAAAGAAUCUCAACUAUCAAGCCCGCAGUCGAGGACGUAUCCACCUCGGAAGUGGCUCCAGAAGCACCAGUGACUGAGACGACAUCGGAUGAGACGCCACAUGUUCAGGUUGAGACGGAUGAAGCCAGAGAGGCGCGUCUGGACCGACAGUGGAAGCAACUAAAAGUGGAAGCUGCUGACCUGCCCGACAUCUAUGCCCGACUUGCAAAAAUCAAACUCACAGCACUCGUAGUCACGACGGCAGCGGCCGGUUAUGCAAUGGCACCGGUGCCCUUUGAUCCAACCAUCUUCUUUGUGGCGUGUCUGGGGACGGGACUUGCUUCCAGUGCUGCCAAUUCUAUUAAUCAGUACUUUGAGGUGCCAUUUGACUCCAACAUGAACCGAACCAAGAACCGUCCACUUGUCCGAGGGCAGAUAAGUCCCCUACAUGCUGUCACCUUCGCGCUGGCUUGUGGCGUGCCGGGCGUGGCGCUUUUGACGUGCGCCGUCAACCCUCUGACAGGGUUUCUGGGCGCCCUUAACAUCGUGCUGUACACGUGUUGCUAUACACCGCUCAAGAGGCUCACCAUCGCCAACACGUGGGCAGGUGCUGUGGUGGGUGCCAUACCGCCUGUCAUGGGUUGGACGGCUGCCACUGGCUGCCUGGAUCCAGGUGCGCUGCUUUUAGGCGGCUUCCUGUAUAGCUGGCAGUUCCCGCACUUCAACGCUCUCAGCUGGAACCUGAGGGAGGACUACUCACGUGGCGGGUACCGCAUGAUGUCAGUCACGCAUCCGGCCAUGUGUCGUCGCGUUGCUCUGCGGCACAGCGCGGCUCUGGCCGGCCUCACUGCGGCGGCACCUGCAUUGGGUGUCACCACGUGGACUUUCCCUCUGGUGUCGCUGCCCAUCAACGCAUACAUCACACUACUGGCCUUCAGAUUCUAUCGACGGGGCGACCGCACCAGCGCCCGCAAGUUGUUUUUCUGCAGCCUAUGGCAUCUGCCUAUGCUGCUGCUACUCGCGCUCACCUGCAAGAAGCCUCGCGACAGCAGUGAGGCUAGUGCAAGCUAACGCAAUCGUGUGUGACGGACACAUCGUUUUUACACAAAACCAUUUUAAUGGCCUGACUGUAACUGUGUAAUGUAUUUAUUUUUAAAAAGGUCCAGCAUUACAUCUCUUGUAAGGCGGGGUGGUCACACCUCAUGGCGGCCUACAUCAAAGGUAUGCUAUGUUGACAACUUAAACUGUACAGCAAAUGGAUGACAUUUUAUCAUGAUUAACUGUCACAAGACCUCAAUCAGUCUUCUGAUCUUGUUCAAAAAAAUAAACCAAAAUGCAAUGUUAAACAUGAAA